CGUGUCCGUUGUAUGCUCAAGGGCAGCCUGGUUACCAAAUAAUUUUUGCCCAAGUUUUUAUUAUAUUUACUGUUACCAGUUUAUGAUAUGAUGACAGACGCGGGGCAAACACUAUGUAGUUAGGGUUCUGUAUAACAGUCAAUGUUUACAAACUUCAAAUACACAGAAGGUGUUUUUAAGAGUAGGUCAUGUGUACUUACCUGCAAUAUUCCUGAAUUUUAUAAAAUACGUAAUUUGGAACGCUCGUUCUAUUGUCAUAGAAUGUAAGGUAAAGUUGGCCUGUAAUUAAGCAUGACCCCAUUCCUAUACUAGUAUCAAAUGGAGAGAUGAGCAGUUAGCUAAAUAUGCCAGCUGAUUUGCCAGCAAGAGCAAAGGGAACCCAGUGGCUAGGAGGUUGGGUGAGUCCCAGAACUGGUCUGAAUGUGUGUAGAAGGAAAGAAUCUCUUGCUGUGCUGAGAAUUGAAACCCAGUUCUUUGCCAUUGUCUGUCCCAACUGAUAUCUUGGUUCCCUACAAUAUCUACUUGCUACUGCAGGGUUUUCUAACUUAAUGAUAUUGUGGCUCCCCCAAAAUAAUGCGUAAAUUUACAUAACUCCACCUCUGCUCAUCAGCAAACACUGCAGUUCUACACUCUCUUGCAGGUCCAUAUCAGGCUGUGCGGUGGUAGGAACCUAAAUAAGCUUUGCAGCCUCUGCAUACCCACACAGGGGUAUUUAGUCAUAUAACCAUUACUUGGACAUAAUGAAUUAUAACCAAACACCUCGAAAAAGAUGGCAUGAAGCUCCCAGCCAUGGCAUAACUGAAGCACUAACAGAAGAACAAGAAAUCAAGAUAUUUUCCAAACAGAUGUUAAUAAACAGACUCUUCCUAGGCCAUUAUCAAGAACGACGUUUUGUGGAAUCCAUAGGAUCCUACAGAGAUGUGGUAUUCAUUACUGCAACAGAAUAUGAAUUGAAAAAAGAUUUGGAUACUGUCAUGCAGAGGCUUAAGGAUUUCUGUGAGUUCUCAGAGAUGUGGGUGGGAAUUACAGGCCCUGAUUGUGUUGGGGCUCCAGCUGGAUAUGCUGUAUGGGUCAAGUUACAUAACUUAGCAUUUGGGCGGUACUGGUUUCAGAUCAAAAAAGUCAAAUUUGUUGAUGACAGAGAAAUGAUCCUUCAUCUGAAAUGUAUAAGACCUGCCGAUGCUGAAUCUGUCAGUGAAUCAAGAAAGGUUUUUGAAACACCUGACAGUGCUCCUGAACCUACUCCAGCAAAUGAUGAUACCAUCAACUAUGACAAAGUGAAGCAAAAAGGGAAAAAGUUUUUAGAAGAUAUCACAACGAAUUUGGCGUCUGUUUUCACAGUUCAUAACAUCAAAGAGGCUAUCACUUUCAUGUUUGUGUUCAUUGUAACAUGCGUGACUGGCAUGUUCUAUCUUGUGCGGUAUGUUGGAGAUUACUCUAUCAAGUUCAUGAGGGAGUUCUCUUAUUUUAUACAGGCCAAUACACCGAUAUUCCUAGCUGUUAUUGAUUUAUGGGGUAAGUGUAUAGGUGGCUUGUAUCUCUUGAUUGCUAUGUUAUGGAGGGGUUCGAAGGUUCAGCCCCCUCCUGAUGUAAACUGGGGACCCCAUCAUAGAGCUUUACCAGCUCCUCGUAACAUGCAAUUUAGUUAUAGGAAGUAUUGAUACUUUUCCUGUUUAAUUUUCGUGUCUAUGAUUGACAUUUUUCUGCAGUAAUGCCUGUAAUUGAAGCAUUUAUUUUUACUUAAUGUACCUAUUUGUGAGAAAGUACUGUGAUAAUGAAGUGAUAGAACUUGUAAUGAAGCAUUUUGGAAUUCUGCCUGUCUGUGCACUUUGCUAAUGUGUGAAUAGUUGAUGGAUUUUAUUCAUAUUCGAGAGCUGAUCUAUCAUUCAUUGGUCGGGGUCCUUAAGAGCAGCCCCCAAACCCAAAAUUAGGAUAUUCCCCAAAAUGUCUGUGAUUUUGAUUACAUUUCAGUAACUGAGACCAGCUCUCUAAAUAAAACUGUAUAGGUUGUAUCUUCAGGAAAGUAAUGGUAUGCCCUCAGACAGCCCAACGUGAAAUGUCAAUUUUCUUGAAAAUAGGAAGGCUGUGAUCAUUGACAUUUAUGUGAGAAACAAUAUGCAGUGUCUUUAGACCAAUUAUUAUAGAAAGUGGUGAGCAUGUUAUAAUAUUGCAUUUUGACCAUUAUGUAGUUGUUUAUUUUUUGUCAUUGCCUAGAAACAGAUUACAUGCCACAAUAUUAAUUUGUACUUUUUGUUAUCACGGUGCAUUACAUUUCAUCAGUUGUAUAUUAUGGAUUUAUUUGAACUUUAUGAUGCAUUUUUAGAAUGCAUCAGUGAGCAAUGUCAGUAAUAUGGUAACUUUACUUACCACUGUACUGAUGCCAUGUUAUUCACUUGAGUGUAAUGCUGCUUUUAUAUUAGUAAUAAAACUAUUGAAGCAACAUC